GUUGAACAGUCUCGAGUCUCGACAUCGCCCACUGUUAAACCACACCUCCUUGUAUUUUAAAAACACAAGCAUCCUCAGGUAGAGCUAUACCUAAUAUUUCUCUGAUCAUACUCCAUAACUCCGAUCAAACUCAUUCAUGGCUUCUGAUUCUGUCUUUGUUAAAGUUGUUCAAGCUCCUGAAGAUCCCAUUCUAGGGGUCACUGUUGCUUAUAACAAGGAUACCAGCCCAAACAAAUUGAAUUUGGGUGUUGGUGCUUACCGAACUGAGGAAGGGAAGCCCCUCGUUUUGAAUGUAGUAAGGCGAGCGGAGCAGAUGUUAGUAAAUGACCUGUCUCGGGUCAAAGAGUAUCUUCCCAUUGUUGGACUUGCUGAGUUUAACAAACUGAGUGCCAAGCUUAUAUUUGGAGCUGAUAGCCCUGCCAUACAGGAGAAUAGAGUGACUACUGUACAAUGCUUGUCUGGUACUGGUUCUUUGAGGGUUGGAGGCGAGUUUCUUGCAAGGCAUUAUCACCAACUGACUAUAUUCAUCCCUGCACCAACAUGGGGAAAUCAUAUCAAAGUCUUCACUCUUGCAGGGCUGAAUGUGAAGACAUACCGUUACUAUGACCCAGCAACACGGGGGCUGGACUUCCAUGGCUUGCUAGAGGAUCUUGGAGCUGCACCGGCAGGAUCUAUAGUGCUUCUCCAUGCAUGUGCACAUAACCCAACUGGUGUUGACCCAACCCCUGAGCAGUGGGAGCAGAUCAGACAGUUAAUAAGAUCAAAAGCGCAUUUACCUUUCUUUGACAGCGCUUACCAGGGUUUCGCAAGUGGCAGCCUAGAUGCAGAUGCACAGUCUGUUCGCAUGUUUGUUGCAGAUGGUGGUGAAUGCCUUAUGGCGCAGAGCUAUGCAAAAAAUAUGGGUCUCUAUGGGGAACGUGUUGGGGCUCUUAGCAUUGUCUGCAAGACAGCGGAUGUGGCAAGCAGGGUUGAGAGCCAAUUGAAACUAGUGAUCCGUCCCAUGUAUUCUAAUCCUCCAAUUCAUGGUGCAUCUAUUGUGGCUACUAUUCUCAAAGACAGUGAUAUGUAUAAUGAAUGGACUAUUGAGCUGAAAGCAAUGGCUGACCGGAUUAUCACCAUGCGCAAGCAACUAUUUGAUGCUCUAUCUGCUAGAGGCACUCCGGGUGACUGGAGUCACAUUAUCAAGCAGAUUGGAAUGUUCACUUUCACUGGUUUGAACUCUGAACAAGUCGCAUUCAUGACAAAAGAAUAUCACAUUUACAUGACUUCUGAUGGGAGGAUAAGCAUGGCAGGUCUUAGUUCUAAGACAGUUCCUCAUCUUGCAGAUGCUAUUCAUGCUGCGGUCACACGCCUUGGUUAAGAUCAAUUUAUUUAGUAAACACUCGUAGUUACGAGUGUCGCUUUUGUGGUUUUCUCGACUUUUUCAGAUAAAUGUAAUGUUUUAUAACGUUUUUCUUGAAUUGGGGGCGUUUUGGACUAUUGAUUGAGACACCACAUAUCAAGGAAAUGAAGUACUAUGCACUUGCCCUAUCCUCUUGUAAUUUUGUCCCUGAAAAAAUGAAUAAAAAAAGUACUGUGGUCUAUUCA